AUGGACAUGAAAGAAGCUGGUUCCCAGCGGAAGCUUCAAUUGCAAGAACUUGAGGAAUUGAGGUUAGAGGCAUAUGAGAACUCCAGGAUCUACAAGGAAAAGACCAAAGCUGUACACGACAAAUUGAUUGCCAAGAAGGAGUUCAACGUUGGCAAUAAAGUCCUCCUCUACAAUUCACGCCUAAAGCUGAUGCCUGUUGAAAUCAUGGACGGGUCGACUACGAAGAAAUUCACAGUCAAUGGGCAGAGGCUUAAACAUUUCUACGAGGGCUUUACAGAACACACAGUGGAGGAGCUAUCUCUCUUGUACCUUCCUCCGACUUGA